GAAAAGUCAAACCGGAAGUAUAGGAGAAAGGCAUGCUGGGAGAGCUGUCAUGCCGGGAUGUUUGGAAGUGGAUCCAACUUUAACUUACUUAGAGAAGUAAGUUACUGGUAGCUUAAAGAAGAUGCAGAGGCCUGUGUCCAGUUUGUCGCUGAGUCCCAGCGUGAAAGUCAAACUGGUGAACGCGGGUUUCCAGUUCAGCUCCGACCUGCUGCAGCUGAAGCCGCUGCAGCUCAGCAAAGAGGCUGGUCUCUCCCAGCAGGAGGCGCUGGAGGUGCUGCAGGCUGUGAGGAGAGACACAGGAGGAGGUGAUGAAGCAACAGGAGGAGGAGGAGCCUCUCUGACUGCUCUGGAGCUCCUGCAGAAGGAGGAGGAGACCAGGAGCAUCAUCACCUUCUCCUCUCAGCUGGACGGCGUGCUCGGAGGAGGAAUGCCAAUCGGCAAAACCACAGAAAUCUGCGGAGCGCCAGGAGUUGGAAAAACACAAUUGUGCCUGCAGGUGGCGGUGGACGUUCAGGUGCCGACAUGUUUCGGCGGCGUCGGUGGUCAGGUGGUGUACGUGGACACGGAGGGCAGCUUCCUGCUGCAGAGAGUCGUCGACAUUGCCACCGCCGCUGUGCAACACUGCUCCUUAUUGGUCGAGGAUGAUGAGCAGCAAGCCGCCAUGGCGACCUUCACCUUGGAAACCAUCCUGUCCAAUUUGUUCCUGGUGCGUUGCCAUGACUACGUGGAGCUGCUGGCCGAGCUGCACCUGCUGCCCGACUUCCUGUCUGACCACCCGAAGGUCCGCCUCCUGGUGAUCGACAGUGUGGCGUUUCCGUUCCGGCAGCAUGUUGGCGACCUGUCGCAGAGGACACGCCUCCUCAACGGCCUCGCACAGCAGCUCAUCACCAUGGCAACAGCUCACAACAUCGCCGUGGUCAUGACGAACCAGAUGACCACCCGGGUGCGGGCGGGCCAAUCACAGCUGGUCCCCGCCCUUGGGGAGAGCUGGGGCCACGCCCCCACCAUCAGGAUCCUCCUACACUGGGCGGGGUCAAGGCGGCUAGCGGACAUCUUUAAAUCUCCACAUCACAUGGGUGCCACUGUCCAAUACCAGAUCACCUCUGACGGAUUCAGAGACGUCGAACAAUCGGAGCAGCCGCCAAGUAAACGGUCCCGGACAGAAAUCAUCCAAUCAGCUGACAGCUAGUGAGACCGCAGCCACUGAUUGGUCAGAGAACAAAUGACAGUUCAGCUGAUGACCACAUGAACAACUCAGAGCACAGACAGUUGUUAUGUUGUUUAUUGUUUUUUAUUUUUGUUCUUGUACUUAUUUACUUAUUUUUUGGUGUUAUUAAUGUUUUUGUUGUUAUUCAUGUUUUUGUUGUUUAACAAAAUAAAUAUUAUAAUAAAAUGUAUUAAUGAAAA